UUAUAUUGUUUCUUUAAUUAAAUCUUGUGUAUGUAAUAUUUGUAUAACUUAAUCGAGUUAUAAAAUUUCUAUCAAAACGUCGUACAUGCAAAAUGAUGCAGAUUUUAAAUUAUACUUUUAAACUCAAGAAAUAAAUAUGGAGGUGAAUCCUUUAAGUAUAAUUUUAGUAAAAUCUGAUAGCAAAGGCGACAGGCUCUUGUUUCGAUAUCCUUAUGUGGCUGAUAUACAAAAUGUAUCAAGCGCACAAAAUAAAAGAAGGAAUCCUUAUUCUAUGAUUAUUGUCGAGGAUCUACUGCAAAAUCCUGUACCUCAGACUUCAAAUAUAAAUAAAGGACAGUUGACAGGUUUUGCUGAUGAAGUUUUAUCAACUUUAUUUGCCGUUAAACCAGAAUUGUGCAAUAAAAAGUUUGAAUUAAAAGUUAAUGAUGUACGGUUUGUUGGGCACCCAACAUUGCUCCAGUCGAAAGGAGCGAGAGAAGACUGUGCAUCACAUAUACUUGUGAAUAUUGUAUUUGCACUGCAUGCACAGGCUAGCCAUUCAAUCGUGAAAUGUUAUUAUGAUUUAAGUAAACGUUUGGGAACUGCAAUUAAGCAUGAAGAGCAAAGAGUUGCAUAUCUGUCUGAGGAAACUAAGAUUAUGAUUGCGGCCCAUGAUGAGCUUGCUGCCAAUAUUGAUACAACAUUAUCUUCUUCUCCCUUUGAUCUUAUAUUGAAACGAUCAACUUUAGCACAAUCUCUAAAAACAACAUUUGAUGAUGUGAGCAAUACAGGACUAGUCAAUUUGCAAAUUAAUCGAUAUUUAACAGUUAAUUUUUGUUUGCCACAAAAAGCACAUCAAUUUCAUAAACCAGGAAUAAUUGUGGAACCAGAGUCAAUAGAGAAAUGUUUGAAAUCAUUGAGACCUUAUCAUGGAAUGUUACUUUUGGUAGACCAUAUAGAGUUAAUGGAUUGUGUAGGACAAGAGAACACAAAUGCUCUUAUCAAAAUGAUUCAAAUGUAUAGUCCCCUGAAAAGUCUUCAAGCAUUGGCUGCUGAUACAGAAAUGCCUUUACAACAGGUUUAUCAAUUAGUAGGGCAUAUGGUAUACUGGGCUAAGGCUACUAUUAUUUAUCCUCUGUGCGAAAAUAAUGUUUAUGUUAUAGCCUCAGAUGCGCCGUUAUAUAUAAACUCACCUUUGGUUGAAAAAUUUUCAGAACAGUUUCCCGGAACAUGUUUAUUGGAGGUAAUAAGUGAGUUUUCUUUAGGAACAUGUGUAGCACACAAAUUGAGCCCAUUACAGCAUCCUUCUCAACAUUCUCAAUUUGUACAAAUGUUGGUGUGGAUGUUGCAACAUCAUCUAUUAGUUCAGCUUCACACCUAUAUACAAUUCAUGGUCCCACAAAUAGGACCAGAAGAUAUUAGUCCAUGGUUAAUGGCCGAGAGACUACUCCUGAAGAACAUUCAUUCAUUCAAUGGCGACCCAAUGUUUAAUUCUCAUGGAUCUGAUUUAGCCUUAUCUUCUAGGUCUCACUCACAUUCACAUUUCAAUUUAUCAGAUGAUCUAACAGCUUUACCUAGUUAUAGCCACAAAUCAUCAGCAAGUAUACCACCUUCCACAUCUUUUGCGAGUACAGAGAAUGAGAUAAGCUUUGUAUCAGUGGAUGAGAAAAAUGACGAUUUGUUUAUGGAAUUUACUGAUUCUGAAAGAGAAUACAUCAUGAAGAUUCCAGCUUCUUCAAAUCAUCAAGAUCUGGCAUUACUGGCAAGGCUUCGGAAAAAAGGUUACUUUCAAGGAGAGCAUCAUUUAGAAGAAAUAAUGUAUAAUGAAAAUCUUCAAAGAUCACAAAUUUUGCAACUUCUUGAUAAAUUUCGAGAUGUGUUGAUUACUUUCCGAACUGAAGAUCCAGUGAUUUCAAUUUUAUACUCUCAGGAAUAG